GCUGCUUUAGCUCCGUCCCUCAUGACGCGCUCUCACUUCACCAGCUUUUUCCACUCAUUCGCCAAAGAGUUGAGCAGACAGAGAGACGCAGGCACCGCCGGCUCCACAAGGACAGCAGACGAGGGGGAAACAGAGGCUGAAGAUGGAGGCCUUUAAUCACAGACUGAACACAUAUAUUGACUCAUGGAUGGGUCCCAGAGAUCCUCGUGUGAGAGGAUGGUUUCUGCUGGACGACUACCCCCCCACUUUCGUCUGCACCAUCCUGUACCUCCUUAUGGUAUGGAUGGGGCCAAAGUAUAUGAAGGACAGGCAGCCGUACUCCUGCAGGAGGAUCUUAGUGGUGUAUAACCUGGCCCUCACUCUGCUGUCCCUCUACAUGUUUUAUGAGCUUGUGACUGCUGUGUGGCAAGGUGGAUAUAAUUUCUUCUGCCAGGACACUCGCAGCGCAGGAGCGGCCGACGACAAGAUCAUUCACGUCCUGUGGUGGUAUUACUUCUCCAAGCUCAUCGAGUUCAUGGACACGUUCUUCUUCAUCCUGCGGAAGAACAACCACCAGAUCACCUUCCUGCACGUCUAUCACCACGCCACCAUGCUCAACAUCUGGUGGUUCGUCAUGAACUGGGUGCCGUGUGGCCACUCCUAUUUCGGUGCCACCUUCAACAGCUUCAUCCAUGUGCUGAUGUACUCCUAUUAUGGGCUCUCAGCCAUUCCUGCCAUGCGACCAUACCUUUGGUGGAAGAAGUAUAUAACUCAAGGACAGCUGGUCCAGUUUGUGUUGACCAUGAUCCAGACGUCCUGUGCUGUAGUCUGGCCGUGCGGUUUUCCGAUGGGCUGGCUGUAUUUCCAGAUCAGUUAUAUGAUCACUCUAAUCGUUCUCUUCGUAAACUUCUACAUAAAGACAUACAAGAAACACGGAGCUUCCCGGAAAAAGGAUUACCGGAACGGCGCCGUUGCGUCUGUGAACGGCCACACGAACGGGACGGCCCCAGCGGAGACGGUCAAACACAGGAAGCCGCGGGCAGAUUGACGACUUCUCCGAGUCGACCCUCCGAUUCCUCACUGCUCAUCCAUGUCUGUGUAACAUUGCUAUGAAAGUGAUGUAGGACUUCUUUACGCACCAGAGGAGCCCAGUAGACCCACUGUAGACACAAACAAACAGCUAAGGCCAUUUAAUCUUUAGGAGAUUCCUAACAUUGCAAACCACAACCUGUUAUUGUUCAUAUUGAAUCAAAGACCAGAGGACAGAGAGGACAGAGAGGACAGAGACAGGCUGUAGGGAAAAAGGAAACAGGGUCCAACGUAUUUAGAAUGACUUUUUCAGUUAAUUUCAUUUCAAUUCUCGUUUCAUUGAAUGAGAUUUCAUUACCAUUUGUGUCACCACCAAGUCUUAAAUGUGUCUUAUGAAUGUCCAGUACUGUGCAAAGGUCAGAGCCCACCCUUUUAUUUAUUUAAUUCCCAGGCAAAAUGGCCAAUAAAUGCAAGUCAUUUUUCAGCUUCAGGAAAAAAGCUGAAACAUAUUUAACAGGAAAUUCCAACAUCUGAAUGUAAUAUCAAAACUGAUCAACAUCAAAUUAGGGUCGUUUUAUUUACGCCUUAUUUUUUAUGAAGUCCAGGUUUAGAAACUCCUGUUUUUUUCCCACUUAUUUUCGUUUGACUUUGCCCUUUCUUAUGCCCAAAAGUUUUGGCACCCCUGUCAUGCCAUGACCCCCACCACCUGUCAUAAUAUGUCCCUCAACAUCCCCCCCCCGCCCCCCACCCAGGAGACUCGACUUGGACUCUCCCUGGCUCCGCCCACUCCCCUCCUCUCUCACACACCUGCAGCUCAUUCCAUAGACAUUAAGACUCCCAUAUAAACCCCUUUGUUGUUUUCAGUUGUUGCGAAGUCUCUGUGUUUCCUACCUGAGUUCCGAGCCCAUUUUUGUUUGUGUUGUUUUCUUGUUCUGACCCUUUCUUUUCUCUCUGUUUGGAUCCACCUUUUCUAUUGCCUGCUAAUGUGUUGACCCCUGCUAGUCAUAUGGAGUGUUGGACUGCCCCUAAUAAAACCAUUUCGCAUUAGCAACCCGCUUCAGCCCCUACGUUACCACCCCUGCUCAGAUGACGUUAUGUUGUUUUACUGAAUUUAACAUAUUGGGAAAAAUAAAAGUAGAAAUUUGAAUAUAAUAUUUAAGACUGGAAGUUAAAUAAAUGAAGGGUGGUCUGACUUCUACACAGUACUGUAUAAGAAUGCUAAAGCUUAUAGGAUAUUUUGUACAGUCAAAUCAAGCCCCAAUUGCAAUGUGAGUAUUCUGCACAGUAAACAAUGUAAACAUUAACUUGGUACAAAGGAAAGUGAAGGAUAUUGAAUUUUCUCAGCAUUAAAUGAGUCGCUGGUAUUGAUAGCACUGUAAAUUAUAGGAUAUUGAAUGUAAAUUAAUAGAAAUUGUUUGAAAUUAUUGGCUCCAAAUUGGUGAAACCAGUGUGUCGAUUAUUAGUGUGAUAUUUUUAGAUUAUUCUGUAGGUUUACACAUUUAAAAAACGUGUGUGACUUGGCGAGGGGGACUGACCCUUCGAGGCUUAUGCACUGAAAAGGCCUGACUCAGGAGAUCGGACGUUUCGAGCGCAGCGGCAUGAGGUCUGAAUGUACACCAUUGUGUUUUAUAUAUUUGCUACUGAGAAGUAAAAAAUGUAUUUGACACUUGAUAUUUCCAUCGAAAGUGGAGCUUUUUGCAAAUGUACGCACUCGACCUUCAGUAGUAGAUCGUUUUGCAGCUUGUGCUAAGCUUUGCAGCACUUUGAAUGCAUUAAACACUGUGGUUGUUGUUGUGCAUUG